CAAUAAAAUAACAUUAUAAAAGAAAUUAAAUUUGUUGGACUGAAAUAAAAUUAGGAGGUGGUCACUUUACUAAAAUAUUUUAAGAUAUUUCAAUUUAUAUUCAACUACUUCGAGUAUAAAGGAUCGAACCCGAUCUUCAAACCCAAAUCGAAUUUACAAAUGAUUUCAAAUUAUAAAUUCGAAUUCAAAUUUAAAUCGAAUAUUUAAAACUUGAGGAUUAUAAAGCCAAGAGGACUAAACUUCACUUGGGGAGGCGACUCUCGCUAUUGGAUUAUCCCCAAAGAAGAUGGGUAUAUGUCAAUAUUUUAUUUUACUUUUUUUUUUUUGACAAACCGGAUAACCGGUUCAUUACUAAACCGAUGAACCAAGACCGGUUUACCGUAUACCAACGGUCAGGAUUCUAAUUCCGAUAGAAAUGGAUGGUGCUUGGCUGUGUAGGAAGCCGGCUGAAUUGAAGACGAUUUGUUGGCUGGAGGUAACCGGUACGGUCGAUGUAAAACCGGGCAAGAAAUACCAAAUCGGUUUCAAGGUUUCCUUCAAACCGGAUGCGACGGGAUGGGACCAAGCUCCGGUUUUUAUGUCGGCGAAAAUCGGGAAGAAAGGGAAGACGACGUGGAAGAGGAUCAAAUCAAUUAACCAGAUCUUUGGCAAGAGUGGUCUGGAAAUGGUUGUACCGGACGAAACGGAUGGCCGGUUCGAGAUCUAUGUUUCUCCCAUGGAGUCAGAUCAAGAUUCCAAACUCCGGUUCGGUUUAUAUGAAGUCUGGACCGGACAAAGGAAAACCGGCUUGAUGAUCCAUGAAGCCUCUGUUCAAGAAAUGGCUUGGAAAGACGAAUCAGUUCCAUAAACCAUACCGGUUAUGCAAUUGU